AUGCCGCCCCGCCAGUGGAUUGACAAGAAAAAUGCGACGACUUAUCAACUCUUCCAUCGUUCUCAGCAAGACCCGCUGAUUCACGAUCCCGAAGCCGAGGAUCGUGUGCUGCACCAAGUCAGCGGUCCUGCGCCUUCUUCCUCUUCCGCAUCUACCUCGUCACAGAAGCCUUCCCGAAAUCUUUCGGAGCUUCAGACCGAAUUCAAAAACCAGGCAAUUCGCCGGAAUGAGGGUGAAGCCGCCAACUACGGCAUCUAUUACGAUGAUACCCGAUACGAUUACAUGCAACAUCUGCGCGAACUCGGCACCGGUGGUGGUGAUGCGCACUUUGUUGAGGCCAAGGUUGAAAAGGGCAAGGGCAAGGACAAGCCCAUGAAGCUGGAGGAUGCCCUGCGUCAAGUCUCUUUGGAUGACUCUCGAAGCCAGUACGGGUCACAAUUUGGUGACAUGCGCUCCACUGCGUCUUCAUACGUUCGCAAGCCGACCUACCAAGAUCAACAGAACGUUCCUGAUGCGAUCGCUGGCUUUCAGCCGGAUAUGGACCCCCGUUUGCGAGAGGCCCUGGAGGCUUUGGAAGACGAGGAAUACGUGGAUGAUGACGACGAGGAUCUCUUCGGCGAACUGACCAAGGAAGGAGAGGAACUGGAUCAGGGUGAUUGGGAGGACACCUUAUUUGACGAGGAGGAUGACGAGGGUUGGGAGUCGGAUGCCACAGAGAAGGCACCUGUGCAGAGAGAUACCACCGAUGCUUUACGGACAGCUCAUGCUGACGAGACGCCUGCUAAGGCCCUUGAACCUGGUGAAAUGCCUGGGCAUGACGAGCCCGCUCCUGACAUGCAACCUGAAAGUCAAGCAUGGAUGCAGGAGUUUGCGAAGUUCAAGAAGGACGCAAAGACAGGCAAGGCUCCUGUCCCGGCUGCGCCAACGAUUGCGCCUUCUGAGCAGCAGACCGUGGCCUCGACUGCCUUCACUGCCGGUGGAACUCCCAUCCGUCGCAAGAAGCGUAAGGGUGCACUGACCAAUCCUUCCGCCUACUCAAUGACUUCGUCUGCCCUGGCUCGCACUGAGGGUCAUCGAUUGCUGGACGAUCGCUUUGAAAGGGUGGAGGCAUUGUACUCACUGGACGAGGAAGACGAGUACGACGACAGCAUGUCCAUGGUCAGUGGUAUGACCGGAGCAACAGGCAUGACAGGCAUGUCGACUGCAUCAUCGGUCGCGCCUAGUCUCGUCGACGCAAACGGUGCAGCCAUCUCACGGAGCGAUUUCCACAAUGUUAUGGAUGACUUCCUCGCUGGAUGGGACGACAACACCAGCGCUCAGGCCAAACGGAAAGGCACCAAGUACAAGCGUGGCAAGAACGGCAACGAAGCUAUCGGCAUUCGCAUGCUGGAUGAGGUACGGUCCGGACUUGGUCCCGCACGCUUUUCCGCUGGCGGUGAUCGAAAGGUCCCUGGACGGGCCUAG